GUCGUCGUCAGCGAGUGUUGAAAUGGCGCAGAAAGGAGUUCAGCUGGACCGGGAAUCCUUCUCUUGUUGCAUCUGUUUGGAUCUACUGAAGGAUCCGGUGACUGUUUCCUGUGGACACAGCUACUGCAUGGACUGUAUUAAAGCCCACUGGGAUACAGAGGAGGAGAAGGAGAGCUACAGCUGCCCUCAGUGUAGGCACACUUUCACCUCGAGGCCUGUCCUGCUGAGAAACACCAUGCUGGAGACCCUGCUGCAGGAACUGAAGAAGACCGGACUCCAAGCUGCUCCUGAGGAUCCCUCUUAUGCUGGACCUGAAGAUGUGGCCUGUGACGUCUGCACCGGGAGGAAACUCAAAGCCCUCAAGUCCUGUCUGCAGUGUCUGGUUUCUUACUGCCAGAAACACCUUCAGCAUCAUUCUGAGCUGGAUCCUUUGAAGAAACACAAGCUGGUGGAGCCCUCCAAGAAGCUCCAGGAGAAUGUCUGCUCUCGUCACGAUGAGGUGAUGAAGAUGUUCUGUCGUACUGAUCAGCAGUCUAUCUGUUAUCUCUGCUCUGUGGACGAUCACAAAGGCCACGACACGGUCUCAGCUGCAGCAGAGCGGAGCGAGAAGCAGAGAGAGCUGGAGGAGAGUCGACUAAACAUCCAGCAGAGAAUCCAGGACAGAGAGAAAGAUGUGGAGCAGCUUCAACAGGAGGUGGAGGCUAUCAACGGCUCCGCUGAUAAAGCAGUGGAGCACAGUGAGGAGAUGUUCACCCAGCUGAUCCGUCUCAUGGAGGAACGACGCUCUGACGUGAGGCAGCGGGUCAGAUCCCAGCAGGAAACUGAAGUGAGUCGAGUCAGAGAGCUUCAGGAGAAGCUGGAGCAGGAGAUCACUGAGCUGAAGAGGAGAGACGCUGAGCUGCAGAAGCUGGCACACACAGAGGACCACAACCAGUUUCUACAGGACUACCCCUCACUGUCAGGACUCAGUGGACCUGCAGACUCAUCCAGCAUCAAGACCCGUCCUCUCAGGUACUUUGAGGAUGUGACAGCAGCUGUGUCAGAAGUCAGAGAUCAAUUACAGGAGGUCCUGAGAGAGAAGUGGACAAACGUCUCACAUGCAGUGGCUGAAGUGGAUGUUUUACUGUCAGAACCACCAGAGCCCAAGACCAGAGCUGGGUUCUUAAGAUACUCACGUGGAGUCACACUGGAUCCAAACACAGCACCAGAGCCCAAGACCACAGCUGGGUUCUUAAGAUACUCACGUGGAGUCACACUGGAUCCAAACACAGCACCAGAGCCCAAGACCACAGCUGGGUUCUUAAGAUACUCACGUGGAGUCACACUGGAUCCAAACACAGCACCAGAGCCCAAGACCAGAGCUGGGUUCUUAAGAUACUCACGUGGAGUCACACUGGAUCCAAACACAGCACACACACAGCUGUUAUUAUCUGAUGGGAACAGAAGAGCAACACUGAAACAACAACAACAGUCUUAUUCUAGUCACCCAGACAGAUUCAUUAGUCGGUGUCAGGUCCUGAGUAGAGAGAGUCUGAGCGGACGUUGUUACUGGGAGGUGGAGUGGAGAGGGGGCGGAGUUCGUGUAGCAGUCGCAUACAAGAAUAUCAUGAGAGCAGGAGAAUCAGAGGAUUGUAGAUUUGGAUAUAAUGAUAAAUCUUGGAUGUUAGAGUGUAACAAGAACAGUUAUGACUUUUGGUACAACUCAGUCCAGACUCCUGUCUCAGGUCCUCGGUCCUCCAGAGUAGGAGUGUACCUGGAUCACAGAGCAGGUAUUCUGUCCUUCUACAGCGUCUCUGAAACCAUGACUCUCCUCCACAGAGUCCAGACCACAUUCACUCAGCCCCUCUAUGCUGGACUAAGGUUUUGGCACAGUUAUGAAGACACUGCUGAGUUUUGUGAACUCCAAUAAAAACCUUCAAGUCCAUUCAGACCAAAUAUGAGCAACAAGAGGAUUUCAAAGCUGCAUGGUUCUGGUCUGAUGGUUCUCCCUCCAAGAACUCUCUGUGCUUCAGGUCUUCAUGCCGGCUUUGUGAGUAUUUUUGGAGCUGCUGCUUUUGUAGACUCUUUAAGGGAUGAGGACAGUGAUGCUGGAUUGUUUGCAACAGUUGGGUUUCUAUUUUUGAUGAAGCUUCAAAAAAAGAAAAAAAAAACAGCUCUGUGUGAAAUGUUUGUGUUCCACAGGAUGGGAAGAUCUUUAUUUGUUGUUUGCUUGUUGAUCACGCUUCAUGAAUUUUGAGCCUCGAUGGUUAAAAUGAUGUUUGUUUUAUUUUGUAGAGGCUUUUAUUUUGAAAGGGCUUCAGUGUGGGGGGGCAGGUUUUGCAGGUAUGAAGCGUUAGAAAAGACUUGAAAACAUGACAAAGUGAAAAGCAGGAGCUUCUUUCUGAUCCUAAAUCAAAGGAUGUAAAGUCUGCAGAUGAAAAUAUCAUCUCUAACAUGUCAGAAUGUUCAUGUUUCUACAUUCAGGAUCCUGUUUUUAUUGAGUCCAAUCAGCUGAUCAAACAAGUCCUUUUCAUUCUUUGUUCAACUGAUGAAGACUUUAAUACUCACAUCAAUAAUUAGGAUUGUUGGACUUCUCUUAGAUUGUACAGAUGAACUUUCUGACUUCAGGUUUGUUGCUGAUUGAGCUAACUGCAGCAGAUAUUCCUGUCUGCUUCUUUUGGAUCAGUGGAUUUGGAAAGACGUCUACACUCACUCUUUUUUUUUUUUGGUGGCGGAUCCAAAAAAUGUUGUUUUCCACAAAUGGAUGUACAGAUGAGGUUCAGUGAGGUUUGAUAGAAGUGUAUUAAUAAUCACAUGGAUUUGUAAAAGCUCUUUUCUGUUGGUGGUGGAUUAUUUGAGACUGUUGUCAUUUUUGUGAAGCUUUAAUAAAUGCAGAUAAAAAACA